GCCUCGCACGGCCCUUCCCGCACGGACACCGCAGGAUCAUGGAUUUUCCAGGGCACUUUGAACAAGUCUUCCAGCAGCUCAACUACCAGAGGCUGCAUGGGCAGCUGUGUGACUGCGUCAUCGUGGUGGGCAACAGGCACUUCAAGGCGCACCGCUCGGUGCUGGCCGCCUGCAGCACGCACUUCCGCGCGCUCUUCACCGUGGCGGAGGGCGACCAGACCAUGAACAUGAUCCAGCUCGACAGCGAGGUGGUGACGGCCGAGGCCUUCGCCGCGCUCAUCGACAUGAUGUACACAUCCACGCUCAUGCUGGGGGAGAGCAACGUGAUGGACGUGCUGCUGGCCGCUUCCCACCUGCACCUCAACUCGGUGGUGAAGGCCUGCAAGCACUACCUGACGACGCGGACGCUGCCGCUGUCACCACCGAGUGAGCGCGCGCAGGAGCAGAGCGCGCGGCUGCAGCGCUCCUUCAUGCUGCAGCAGCUGGGGCUCAGCAUCGUCAGCUCGGCGCUGGGCUCCUCACAGGGCUCCGAGGAGCCGCCGGGCACCGUGGGGCUGGCGCUGCGCGGCGGGCUGGAGCAGCGCGCCGCCUUCCCCAUCCGCCGCCUGCACAAGCGCAAGCAGUCCUCCGAGGAGCGCGCCCGCCAGCGUGUCCGGCCUGCCCUGGACGAGCCUGUCCCCGACGUGGCCGCCGAGAGCGGGCAGCCCGUUGUCCACUCCCGGGAGGAUUUCUUCUCUCCGGACUCACUGAAGAUUGUGGACAACUCCAAAGCUGACACGGUUGCCGAUAACCAGGAAGACAACACGAUCAUGUUCGACCAGUCUUUUGGCGCUCAGGAGGAUGCUCAGGUGCCCAGCCAGUCAGAUAAUGGCGGGGGAAACAUUUCCCAGAUGUCCUUGGCAUCCCAGGCCACACAAGUAGAAACCAGCUUUGACCAGGAGGCUGCUGCUGAGAAGAGCAACUUUCCGUGUGAAAAUCCAGAGGUCAGCCUGAAUGAGAAGGAGCACAUGAGGGUGGUGGUGAAGUCAGAGCCACUGAGCUCACCAGAGCCUCAGGACGAAGUGAGUGAUGUCACCUCCCAGGCAGAGGGCAGCGAGUCGGUGGAGGUGGAAGGAGGAGUGGUGAGCGCAGAGAAGAUAGAGCUGAGUCCCGAGAGCAGUGACCGCAGCUUCUCGGAUCCUCAGUCCAGCACUGACAGGGUGGGAGACAUCCACAUUAUGGAGGUGUCCAACAACCUGGAACACAAGUCUUCUUUCAGCAUUUCAAAUUUUUUGAACAAAAGCAGAGGUGGUGGCUUUGGUGCCAGCCAAAACAACGAUGACAACAUUCCCAACACCACCAGUGACUGCAGAAUGGACAGUGAUGCCUCUUACCUGAUGAGCCCGGAGUCAGGGCCCGCCGGUGGCCACUCUUCUGCUGCCGUCUCUCACGUGGAGAACCCCUUCAGUGAGCCCACAGACUCCCACUUUGUGAGGCCCAUGCAGGAUGUGAUGGGUCUGCCGUGCGUGCAGAGCUCUGGGUACCGAGCAGCAGAGCAGUUCGGCAUGGAUUUCCCACGCUCGGGCCUGGGCUUGCACUCACUGUCUCGGGCCAUGAUGGGCUCAGUGAGAGGUGGAGCUGGUGGCUUCCCUGGCUACCGCCGCAUUGCCCCCAAAAUGCCCGUGGUGACCUCCGUGCGGGGCUCACAGCUGCAGGAGAGCUCGUCGGGGUCCCAGCUGAUGAUGAACGGGAGCACUUCCUUUGAGAGCGGGCACCUGUCGCAGCCGGGCCCGCCUCAGCUGACCCGGGCAUCUGCUGACGUCCUGUCCAAGUGCAAGAAGGCUCUGUCGGAGCACAACGUGCUGGUGGUGGAGGGCGCGCGCAAGUAUGCCUGCAAGAUCUGCUGCAAGACCUUCCUGACGCUCACGGACUGCAAGAAGCACAUCCGUGUGCACACGGGGGAGAAGCCCUAUGCCUGCCUCAAGUGCGGCAAGCGCUUCAGCCAGUCCAGCCACCUCUACAAACACUCUAAGACCACCUGCCUUAGGUGGCAGAGCAGUAACCUGCCCAGCAGCUUGCUGUGACCUGCCGGCCCGGGCCCGGAGGAGCCUCGUCGGCGGCGGGGACGCUCGGCCGGCGCACACCGGCGCGGCACGGUGCCACACACAGUCUUGGCUCUGCCAUUGGGGAUAUCCGGUACCUACCUCGCGGGUGUCGCCGCCGGGACCGCGCGGCGGGGAUGGGGAUGUGACCCCCAGGGCGAAGCAGCCCCUUUGCAGGGCAGAGGGGUGACAGCACGGGGGUCUCCUGAAAUAGCACGGUUUGAGCACGUGCGCAUUUCUUUUGGUUUGGUUGUUUUUUUUUUUUUUGUUUUUUUUUCCCUCUCUAAAGCAUUUUGUAACAGUGAAAGCAUUUAAAUGAUUACUGUAACAUGAGUUGCUGCAUUAUGUGAGGACAGCAGUGCAGGCCCCUUACCCUUAGAAGAGAAAAACAGCUUAGGCUGUGCCUGUCUGACAUAAUGCUUUAAAAUAUGCUACUUACGACAAUAGUUCUAGGAUUAUGAAUGUAUGUUUGGCUGUUUUGUAGUAAAGGACACUGUGUAAUCAAGGUGCUUAAAUUAAAUCCCAGACAAGUAACUUUUGGGCUGCCAGGUGUACAUAUAACUUUAAUACAGCAAGAUCUGGAUGUUUGGCUGUUUUUUGGUUUUUGUUUUUUUUUUCGUAGAAACGAGUAUUAAGUGGUAAGUGAAGUACUGUCUCUUGUUUGUGCUAUUCUUAGCAGUAUUUUAACCAGUUUGUAUCUCCUAUGUUACAAUUCUAUAUACGCAGAAGUUUGAACAGAGCUUGUCUUUGUCUGUUGUUUUGAAGGAGAGGGAAUUUCUAGUGGCUUUUUUUGCCACGUAAGACAAUAUCUCACUGUUCCCAGAUGCCCACAGUCCAUCUGGUCCCCAUUAUGGCGUGAGCACGUUGUCUUUUUCCCUUAUCUCCAGGCUUUAAUUUCCUGCCUUGCACACUUAGUGACUUCCCUUUGCAGCUGUGGAUCUGUCCUUGGAGCAGAUUCCUCCUAGGUCAGGAGCAAUCCUCGUUUGCCAUAUUUCACAGAAUCACAGAGUAUGCUGAGCUGAAAGGGACCCCUCAGGGUCACUGUGUUCAGCUCCUGGCCUUGCAGAGGAUGCCCGAACAAUCCCAUCUUGUGCCUGAGAGCAAUGUGCAAAUACUUCUUCACCUCAGGCAGCCUUGAGGUUGUGACCCUGUCCCUGGGGAGCCUGUUCAGUGCCAGACCACCCUGUGGGUGAAAAACCUUUCCUGAUAGCCAGCCUAAACCUCACCUGAUUCAAGUCCUUGUCACUGGUCAUGAGAGUGAAGAGUUCUGCUGCUUCUCAAGAGGAUUUUGAGGAGCCCAGGGAGGUCUGACUUCAGUCUCCUCCAGGCUGAGCAAACCAAGUGUCCUCAGCUGCUCCUAGUGAAGCUUCCUCUCCAGACCCCUCACCCUCCUUUGAACAUUCUGUAUCUAAUAGCUUGAUGUCUUUCAUAUAAAAGUGCUCAGAAUUGCCCCCAGCCCUUGAGGAGAUGCUCCCCCAGAGCAGAGCAGGAGAAUCCCCUGCCUCAGCCAGCUGUGAUGCCCCCCAGGACAUGCUUGGUCCUGCUGGCUGCCAGGGCACUGCUGCAUCAUCUUCUGCAAAAUGUCCCUGUCAAAUCCACCUAAGCUAGUAUCAUAAAUGUACUUUUCCCCAUACAUUUAAAAAAGGAUAAUGUAAAUAUAAUUCUAAAAAAUGGCACUACGCACAUGCAGCAGAAAUUUGUUGUUCUCCGUGUGAAUCAUGUAAAUCUCUUUUUAAUUUCCUCUUCUUUGGUGCCACCGUAACUUCAUGCUGCCUGCAGUCUCCUUUCUUCUUUGUCAAAGGUACACACGAACUGGUGCUCCACAUUCUUAGGUUUUAAAAUAAUUUUUCAGAGCACUCUGGUAAAUCCUGCUCAGGCAAGCAGGGCCUGGGUCAGGGCUGCAGCAUGUCCUUCUGCUCAGGUGAGACAGAGGAUUCCCUGCACCUGCCCUAUCAGUGCGUCCUUUGCACCUUCACCAUCUGAGGAAUGCAGAGACAAAGGAGGUGGUUGGAUUAAUUCCUUUAAAAUGUUAGUAUUUUAUUAUAGGGUUUACUUAAUGGUCAUAUCUUUGGCUCUUGAUAUUUUUUUAAGCAUUAAAAUAGCACGGUUUUUUAAAGCAGUGGGAUAUGCUGUGUUUUUGUUUUAAAUAAUUUCAAUAUUUGGGACUGACAGCAUUGAGCUGCAUAAACACUCUCCCAAACAUCAAUAAAAUGCAGUAUUUUGUACUUUAGUCUUUUCUUGUGUUGCUUAAUUAAGUAACGCUCUGUUUCAUCUUCAUUGCAUUUCUAGUAUUUUGCUUUUUAAAAACACUGCUUGGGUUUUUUUAAUUUUCAGUUUCCUGUAGCACAUCCAAAUUUGUUGAAUUUUUACAAUGUUUGGGAAUAA